CCGCACCCGGUUACUCUGACGCCUCUCUGACGACGACAGCCAUUUUGCUGGGUCUCCAACACGUUUACGGUCCACGGAUAUGCGCCAAUCUUGGUAGAAGAUCAAUCGGUGUUUAUUCCACGGAACGACCCCAGUUGCUUUUUGUCGGCGGAGCUUGCGAAAGUAGCACAGAAAAAAAAAAGAAAAAGAAAAGGCUUCCGCGGCGAUUCCUGGAGCUGUCGACAGUAUCCCAGAUUCAGCCGACCGCAGAAGAAUCUCCCUACUUGCGCCACUAUGCUCACCUUCCGCAAGUCGCUUCUAGCGGCUGUGUUGCUAAUCACGUUCAUUGUCCUCUUCCGAUCUUCGCAUUCCUCCCCAUCCGUGUCACCGACAGUGCCCGCCUCCGCCGCCGAAGCCUACGACAACAGCCAGGCGAUAGUCGAUCGGCCCCAGGGGCGAAAGCCGGACGCCAUCAAGCAGCAACCUCUCAGUCCUCCACCAACCGCUCCAUUGCGUGAUCGACUGCGUUAUCACUUUCCCUAUGAUCUCGACGGCAAAUUUCCCGCAUACAUUUGGCAGACAUGGAAGUACACUCCCGAGUCGAUGUUCUUUUCGGAGGGACUUCGUGACCCUGAGGCGAGCUGGACCGAACUACAUCCAGGGUUUGUCCACGAAGUUAUUCCUGACGAUACCCUGCAGCAUCUGAUCAAGUACCUCUAUGGAUCGGUGCCGGAUGUGUACGAGGCAUUUGAGUCCAUGCCCUUACCGGUUCUCAAGGCCGAUUUUUUCCGGUAUCUCAUUCUUCUGGCGCGGGGUGGGAUUUAUAGCGAUAUUGACACCACUGCUUUGAAGCCUGCAUCAGACUGGCUACCUUCGGAACUCGAUUUGACUACAGUCGGGGCUGUCGUGGGUAUUGAGGCGGAUCCAGAUCGUCCGGACUGGCACGACUGGUAUGCGCGCCGGAUCCAAUUUUGCCAGUGGACUAUCCAGGCCAAACCAGGCCACCCAAUUUUCCGCGACAUCGUCACAUAUAUCACCGAGGAAGCGCUGCGGAUGAAGAAGGAAGGGAAACUUAAAGUAGGAAAGAUGGACAAGACCAUCAUGGAAUUCACGGGUCCGGGAGCCUGGACCGACGCCGUCUUCCGGUACUUCAAUGACCCAGAGUAUUUCAACAUUGAACCUGGUUCUCCUUCGAACGUCACCUAUGAGGAUUUCACCAAUCUGCAAGGAUACAAAAAGAUGGGUGACGUGGUGGUUCUACCUAUUACGAGUUUCAGCCCCGGUGUACACCAGAUGGGUGCAGGAGAUAUUGACGAUCCUAUGGCAUUCGUAAAACAUAACUUCGGAGGCACUUGGAAAACCGAUCCAUCUCUAUAAGUUGGCUACGUCGAACUCUAUAUUCAACUUCAUUCUCAGCGUGGCCUUCGGUGAUGAAGACUUUAGACGAGAAGACCGGCGUCGCACCAAAGGUGACGAC